AUGUUUAGCGUGCGUGGCCUCGUGCGCGCAAUCUUCGAUGAACAGCGGCAACUCAUGCCACGACGUAAAGCGCAAAACAACGAAUCGAAAUGCGUGCGUAGCUGGGACAAAGGAAGUACCGAAAUUGAGCCUACGUACGUACCUAAGACGUUUGAGGGCGAGUAUAAUGUAUAUUUCCAUCGCAAGCCACUCGGUGUUGGGCUUGUACCUAGCUCACAGUUAUAUGGAUCGUGGGAAGUGAGUUCUGUCCAGGAUAUCGAGAAAACUGAUGAAUGUCUUACACUAAAGGACGGAGAGAACAAGACGGAUAUCGUCAAAGGUGACGUGCUAAUUGCCGUGAACUUUAGCUGCCGCAAAGCGCAUCUGCCACGCGCGCAUCUUGCCGCGUACUUACAAAAAUGUUCGUGUCCAAUUAGCAUGACAUUGCGAAACCCAGAAGUAUAUGGAUCGCUGGAUUCGCAGACUAUGUCAACGGCCAUGUAUCCAUCGUCAGUGGAGUAUGAUCCUGAUAGUUUUAUUAUUAAAGUAGUGGCUAGGGCGUCAUCGAUGCAGUGGAAACGUUCAUUAGAGCAUGAUUUGGCGCUAAAUGCUGUAGCUGCGACGAGCGAAAAGUUUCGACUGCUGGCGCAAGCGCUGGUGAGCAUGGAUGUCGAAAACAAUUAUACAGCAUCUUCAGCUGGGAAGACAAAACUUGCAGAGACUCCGGAAAGCGACAAUUUUGUGUGUAAUUUAGACGACAAGAUCGUAGCGGACCCCAUAUUAUCUGAGCAGGGAGAGUUUGAUGUAACGUUUGAUGUGAGCCCAAUAGAUUUAGCGUUGGCGCCGUCUACACGAAUAUAUGGAUCCGUGGAAGUGUACGAUCCCAAAAGUUAUGCACCCACAAUACACGUUGGCGACGUCAUCAUGGCUGUCAAUGGCUGUGCAUCGAUGUCGCGCCUUACUUCAGAUGAAGUAAUUGAUGCCAUUGCCGAGUUGCAAGCACCUGUUUUGCUACGUUUUCGUCGACCAGUAGCGUAUCGCAAAUAUUUGUCAUCAGUUUUCCAUACAAAGAAAAAAAAGCUCUCGUCCGAAUCUAUUGCAAGUGCUAUGUUUCCACACACAGCAGAGUACAAGAGGAGAGCUUCGAAUCAAACACCGAAACAAGUGAUUUUGCCUGAAGCACUCGUAUCGCAAAGCUUCAUCGAGCCUCCCACAACUUCUGUGUUAACGAAGAACGUUAUAGCUCCUGUUGAAGAUCGAGCCAGGGAGCUACGAAUAUUUGCAGCAAAGAUCGGUGCAUUGGAUCAGUUUAAACUAUGGGCUGGAGGUAGUAAAGGCUUCUAUGGAGGACGAUCUCUAGCUGGCCACCAAUCUGCGUUUUUGACCGAAAAACACAUGCGAUUCUUGCAAAAAAAUUUGCCACACUACCUCAAUUGCAGUAAAAUGGAGCUUGUCUAUUCCACUCGUGUACAUGGAUGGAACUUCUUGAGUUUCUUCGAUCGACUCCAGAAUAAAGGGCCCACAAUUUUAUGUGUCCAAGACGAAGAUGAUAACGUCUUUGGCGCUUUUUGUUCGGCGUCAUGGAAGCGUUCGAAAUCCUUUUUUGGUAACGGCCGGACAUUCGUAUUUUCACUGAGCUCGCAAAUGACCACGUAUUCGUGGUCAGGAAUUGACAGUUCAUUCAUGUAUACCCAGCCUGACGCUAUAUUUAUCGGUGGUGGCAAUAAAGGUAUUGCCUUAUGCCUUCAGCUGGAUGACAGACGCGGAUUCACGCAUGCUUGUACAACAUUCAAUUCGCCUCCGCUAGUCGAUCAUCAAAGCUUCCGCUGUGACACCGUCGAGGUCUGGAGCUUCUAUGGGCUCAAAUUGUGA